CGUAAACAUGGCAGCAACACUGUUCAACGGGAGUGGGAGUCGAUAUCCGUACUGGACAAAUGUCCCUCCAAAUGUGCCCAAAUACCCCAGCUCACAGGAAAUGUUCAAGAGGUAUGCCCCAGAGAAAUUUACUCAGAGGGAAGGGCGGCAGUCAUACCAGCACUGGACAGACAAGUGGUAUGACUCUGGCUUACCUGUUAUAAGGAGAUCAGAACUCCCCCGCUACGUGGACCGCCGUGAGCCCUGCUCCCAGGACUGGCAGUAUAACCCCGGGACUUCAGCCGAACCAAAGUGGAGCCGAGAAAACAAAGACUGGCCAGUGUCAUCACGCUUUUACACGAGUGGCACCCCACCUGCUGAAACCAUGAGGGCGCGUGGUUUGAACCGCAUUUCUCAGGUAGAACCAAACCUCUAUGCCAGGUCAAACUACAUGACAUCUACAUACAGAAAGCCGGUGUACUCCAUCUUUGGACCUCUGCAGAGAGAAAAGGUGUAUGGACUUACUCAUCAACAUAAUCGCCAUGGUUUCAUGCCAUUUGAAGACUACUACUGAUUGUGUAGAGUGAGUGGGGUGGGAACUGAGCGGGUUGCGGGGUUGGGGAGGUAAACAAAUAAGAGAUCUGUCUUAUGGUUUUAUGGAGAGGAAUCAGGUUGGGAGGGAGGUUCUGUCUACUUGGUUUUGUUAAAUAUUUACUCUAAAAUUGUUAUGUUUGAUACCCUUUAUUUUCUUUUAUACUGGGUGUUUUAAGUAGAACGUGUAUUCUUGAAAUAAAAUCAAAUGAAAACAAAAUCGUUACUAAACCUGCACUAUUAAUGAAAAGACUCAUACAUGACUGUGAUAAGUAAAUACAAUUCCAGCCUAACUGUAUAUUUCACUUUGUAUUUCAAAAUGUUCUAUUUUGUUUUGCAAUAAAUGAUGAGAAUUUAAAUGAUAAUAGUAGCAAUGUUUAUAUCAACCUUCAAAUCAGACCUCAGUUAUUUACAGUUGUGAUCAAUAAUCUCUGAUCUAAGUGGGUAUGAAGCAGGUCCUUCUGUCUGAAAGGUUGACACUCUGCAAUAAUUUUAAACAUAGGAGUAAAGCCCUAUUUAUACUUUAACUUUCUUUGUCUUUGCAAUAUUUAUCCUUUGUGGCAAUUUGUGCAAAAUUGUGGUUUUUGUAACAGUUAUUUUAUCCAACAUAACAAAUGCAAUAUUCAAUCUAUAAAGAGAUAUUCUUUAAAUUUUACACCUAAUUAAUUUUUCUUUGAUAAUAUUUGCUGUGAUAUAAAAUACCUAAAUUUAUGUUUGUUCAUUAUUAUUAUUUUUUUUUAUUUUUUGGUGUAUAUUGCUAUACAACAGUGUUGUACAUUUCCCCUUGUGAUAAUCUCAUUAUAUUAUGUUAUUUAUGUGUUUGUAUGUUCCAGUAUGUUUCUCACAAUCCCUGUGUUUCUCACAAUCCCUGUGUUUCUCACAAUCCCUGUGUUUUUACUAUGAAAGAGGAAUUUCUGUCAUGGGAUUAAGCAAUAACAUACUCAAUUCCUUAUAUGAUUAUAUCUACUCUUAUAUUUAGAAUUUCGAGAACGUUUCGCGUAAAUUUGGAAAAGUGAUGUUUUGCCGAGAGUAGCAUAUGUGCAUGUGUCAUUUGAAGAUCAAACAUUCUUUGAAAACAUCUUACAUAAUUAUGCUGUAAACAUAUACACCUUAUGUUCAAUUCAUGCUUCAUUUGAACAUUCAUAGCCUAUUAAACAGGGUUUGAAAUAACACGACCUGCAAUAAACUUUCAAAAGAAAACACCUAAUUUGGUUUGU